AUGGCCUCAACAAGAGAGCACAGUUCCCUAGGAUCUCACAGUGAGAGGGAUGCAUUGAAGUGCGGUCGCUUUCCAGGCUCCUCAUUCCUUUUCUGGAGCGAGCAGCCCAAUGGCAGGAUUCCGGCCCACACGAUUGGCGAGAAUUGCAAGACGCCAGAGCCCAACGUUCGACCAGGGAAAUGUAUCAACAUCAAAGAUUGUACAGAACUCCUCUCUCUCCUCAGAGGAGCGAAUAGGAAUGUCGCUUACGUGAGGCGGUCCGUCUGUUCCAUAACGGGCAAUGGGGAACCCUGUGUCUGCUGCCCAGUGGAGAAACCCCCUCCUCCCACCAUCGAAGAAGCUAUAGAUAAUAAGGAGCUAUUCCCAGAUCCUCGCAAGUAUGAAUGCGGGAUUGAGAUCAACGAUAGAAUUGUGAACGGGGAAAAUGCUCCCCUUGGAGCGUGGCCCUGGAUGGCUCUGCUUUUCUUUCAAAUUCCUGGGGUAGGAGUGAAGCCAAUUUGUGGUGGAGCGGUGAUCAACAAACGAUACGUGAUCACGGCUGCCCACUGCUUCAGCUCCGAAUUCAUGGGCGACAGCAAACUCGCAUUUGUGAGAUUGGGAGAGCACAAACUAUCGACUAAUCCAGAUUGCAACGGGCCGAAUGAACAAAGGUGUCAACCGCUAGUCAUCGAUGCGGAUGUAGAAGAGAUCAUCUACCAUCCCAAUUUCUAUCAGAACACCACCAUAGGAGCUAGGUUUGACAUCGCCCUCAUCCGACUCGCCAAUGACAUCGAUUUCAAAACAGUCAGGCCAAAUUAUGGGAGUGACGUCUUGCAACAGCUGAAGGUACCGAUCAUCCCGUUGGCAAUAUGUUCCGCCGUUCCCGCCUACAAGACGGUGAAAUUGAAUGAGGAACAUAUCUGUGCUGGAGGAAAGGCUGAGACAUGCCAUGGGGACAGUGGGGGGCCGUUGGUGUUCUUGAGACCUCUGGGCGGACAUGCUCAAUAUUUUCUCAUCGGUGUUGUCUCGUUUGGUUCUCCACUUUGUGGGGAAAUUAUUGCUCCUGGUGUCUACACUCGCAUCACUCAUUAUCUCGACUGGAUCCUCGAACACGUCCAUGAAUGA